AUGGACUUCGAGUACACUACAAGUCCGAAAAUCUAUACAACUCUCAAUGAGCAGCUGCCACCGAUUUCUUUGGUAGUUUCAGACGGAUCAACAAGACGCUGUAUUGAAGAGCCUACACCCGCCUUGGAUACAUCGUUCAAAGCCGAUGCACAUCAAGAUGAUCUGAAGAAAAGCAGUGAUACUCAAUCUCAAGCUGAUGAAGAGCUACCGGAAAAUUCGGAUGCUUCUCCAUUGUUUGAGGCUGAAGACUUUAUGGGCGCUGGCUACGAGUACGACACCUGCUUUGGCGUCAGAGCGAUUUCCGAUCAUUUCCUGUACAUCUGA